AUGGAAAAAGUAAGGGAGGCAGAGACAGUGAUGGAUGAGGCCUUCAGGGACAUUAUAGCUGUGCCCCAUUCCCACGAUGAUAACUCUCCUGGAGUCAGGGAGAAGGCAGGAGAGGCGAGCAGAAUGAGAGCAGAUGUAUUUCUAGCUGCCAUCUUGUAUCUUCUGUCCAGCAACGGGCCAUGUCAUGGGACUGCACCUUCAGAGGAGGAGGAGGAGGAAUAUGGAGAGGCUGUCGGUCCUGCUUGGCCUCCACUGAAACUGGGCGUGUCCAUCUGUGCCUUCAAAGCGGAUGGUGGGCCCUGCAAAGCAUUGCAUGUCCGGUAUCACUUUGACAUCCAAACCCGCCAGUGUGAAAUCUUUAACUAUGGUGGAUGCGAAGGCAAUGAAAACAACUUUCUGACUCUAGAGGAGUGCCAGCUAAAGUGCAUAGUACCAGAUGUGCCUGAGAAGAAAAAGAGAUCAAAAUCUCAGACAGGAAAGCCUCCUUACUGCCUUCUGGAGAAUGACCCCGGUAUCUGAGGAUUAAUUACCCGGUAUUUCUUCAACAAGGAAUCGAUGAAGUGUGAGAAGUUCCAGUAUGGUGGUUGCCUAGGAAACCAAAACAACUUUCAUACUUUGAAAGAAUGCCAAGAUACCUGUGAGGACAACCUUCGUUCUGCCAAUUCAUUGCAAAUAACCGACAUGCUGGUUAGCACAACGAAUAAUACUACUCCAGUUGUAAAGCAAGUGGUGCGGAAGGCAGAAAGCAACAGCUGGGGAAAGACGGAUCCCUUUCGCCAUGUUUUCCUGAUGGCAAUCUGCACUUGCGCUCACAUGUACUUCUGGGGACUGGCGUGUAAUGUGUGGAUAGUGGUUAGAAAACAAGGAAUGAACAUGCAAGCCACACAAUUUCGUUCUGCCAAUUCAUUGCAAAUAACCGACAUGCUGGUUAGCACAACGAAUAAUACUACUCCAGUUGUAAAGCAAGAGUCAGUCCUGCUCCCUUCCCUCUGUGUGAUGCGCAGGGACAGAGGCCUUUGCAAAGCCAACGAGAAAAGGUUCUUCUACAAUCUCACUACCGGCAAAUGUCAUCCGUUCAAUUACAGUGGCUGCGGUGGGAACGAAAACAACUUUACCUCUAGAAAGUCCUGCCUGCAGAUGUGUAAGAAAGAGUCAGUCCUGCUCCCUUCCCUCUGUGUGAUGCGCAGGGACAGAGGCCUUUGCAAAGCCAACGAGAAAAGGUUCUUCUACAAUCUCACUACCGGCAAAUGUCAUCCGUUCAAUUACAGUGGCUGCGGUGGGAACGAAAACAACUUUACCUCUAGAAAGUCCUGCCUGCAGAUGUGUAAGAAAGAGUCAGUCCUGCUCCCUUCCCUCUGUGUGAUGCGCAGGGACAGAGGCCUUUGCAAAGCCAACGAGAAAAGGUUCUUCUACAAUCUCACUACCGGCAAAUGUCAUCCGUUCAAUUACAGUGGCUGCGGUGGGAACGAAAACAACUUUACCUCUAGAAAGUCCUGCCUGCAGAUGUGUAAGAAAGAGUCAGUCCUGCUCCCUUCCCUCUGUGUGAUGCGCAGGGACAGAGGCCUUUGCAAAGCCAACGAGAAAAGGUUCUUCUACAGUCUCACUACCGGCAAAUGUCAUCCGUUCAGUUACAGUGGCUGCGGCGGGAACGAAAACAACUUUACCUCUAGAAAGUCCUGCCUGCAGAUGUGUAAGAAAGGUUUCCAAGGCAGAAUGAAAAUUCGCCGGAAGAGAAAGAAACAAGCGAAGCUGAUAGAUGGGGAAAUUGUCAUUGAAAGGAUAUAGCUUCCCUUCUGCCACCUCUGCCUAUCAUUUGCAUUUCCUGCCUUAUUCACACAUAUUAUUUAUCGAGAUUUUAUGCUGCUGCUUUUGUGUUUCUUCUUUCUCCUGUACAUUUUGUAGACGGCACAAACUGAAGCUUUCGCUGUUAAAACUAACGCCGUGAACCUGUCCUAUGCUGGUUGCGUAGAAAUCAGUGGAACUCCACCCACCCCACAUUUAAAUGUUGACCGGUUUCCAUGGUUAUAAGGCUCUGAUCCUGAAUUUUUGUAUCCUCAGUAUUCCCGAUUUUCGCCUUUGGAUAACCCAUGUUAAUCUGCAGUCAUAACUAAUCUACCAUAAUAAUUGCUGCGAAGGCUAUAAAUUCUAUUAUAUGGGCUUUGAUAAAGAAGUGGCUUUGGAAUUGCAGAUGUACAAAGUAAACCUAUGCCUGUCUCCUCAGAAGUAAGUCCUACUGAGGACUCAAGGAAGCUUGCUUGCAAGUACAGAGGUACCUCGGUUUACGAACUUAAUUCAUUCCGAAAGUCCAUUCUUAAACCAAAGCAUUCUUAAACUGAGGCACGCUUUCCCUAGUGAGGCCUCCUGCCGCCAGUGCCCUUCUACCGGUCAGCUUCCAUUCGGCUUCUGAGGCAAAGUUCGCUACUUCCGGUUUUGCGGAAUUCGUUCACUGAAUAGUUCGUUAACAGGGCUGUUCGUAGACCAAGGUACCACUGUAAGUAUAUACUGGACUUGCUCCUUAUUAUUUCCACUAUAGUGGUGACAGUUUGUGGUCAACAGAUCCAAAGACUAGAAUUCACAUCAUCCCUGGCCAUUGGCCGUUGACUGUGUGACCUGGAGCAGAUUUUCAGUCACUAUUUUAGAAAAAAAGUCAACAGGCAGGGGGAUUGGUGUUUGUUAGGUUAUGGAGUAUAAAAUUAUACCUCAUGUGCUUUUAUAAAAUAAUGGCAUUGCUAUUGUCCAGUUUCACUUUUCUAUAUACUUUUGAUAACUGUGUGAUUCUGGAGCAUUUGAAUGCUAUUUAGCAAAGGGAACUGGUGUCAAUGGCUUUACUAAACACUCGGGAAUCUGAGCUUUCUCGUGAUUCGUGAAUCCUUUCAACGGCUGACUGCAAAACCAGAAAAAGCUCCGAAACAAGGAGGUUUGCCAGAAGAAACAAUCGUGAGAGCUCCCCACCUCAUAAAACUCGAUAUAUCCCCCCUUUUUUUUUUUUGCUUGUAAAUACUUGGUUCCAUUUCUGUUUAUUAUGAAACUGAGUCAUUAAAAAAAUCAUCAUAACAAA